AUGUCAAAUACAACAGAAGCUCCUAUGACACCAAAUGAUAUACCUACAGAGGCACCUCUUCAGGUCAAUUCUUUACGUAUCUUGGGUACAACAGCUACUCGCAACUCAUUUUUAAAUAGUGUCACUUCCCCCGUCUUUAAUGCUUCUACUACUGAAGACGUUCUUAAAAGAGUUCAAGCUAUUGCUGCUCAACUACAAAAACAUGAAAUCUUUGAAGAAAUUAAAAUUUAUCUUGAUACAAAUCAUGAUAUACCUGAUACUGUCGAUAUCACACUUCAUUUAAAGGAAAAAGAUAAAGGUUUAUUUCAAACAAAAGUGAAUAUGGGAAAUAAUCAAGCUGAAUUGAAUGGUGGAGUUGGUUUACGUAAUAUUUUUGGUGGCGCUGAAGCUGUUUAUGCUAACUUUUCAUUUGGUAAUCGUACAAGAGCUGCUAUUGAGGGUAUAUUUGAAACACCAUUUCGUGGUAAUGCAAAUACAAAGAUUGGUCUAUUUGUAAAUGGCUCUAUUAGAGAUCAUUCUCAAAUAAAUGCAUUCAAGGAAAGUUCAAAAGCGACUGGUAUUCGUUUUAAAGGCUGGACAGACUAUGGUAAGCAUGAAGUCGCUUAUGCUAUUACUCAUAGAGAUGUUUUGGCUUUAUCAUCAGCUUCAAGCACUGUUCGUAGUCAAUCGGGAGGUAACAGUAAAACGUCUGUCUUUCAUUCAUUUGUUCGAGAUCAUCGUGACGACAUCGUGUUACCUACAAGAGGACAUUAUAUAGGUGUAUUCCAAGAAUUAGCAGGAUUAGGUGAUCGUGGUGAUUCAAAUUUUUUGAAGCAUGAAUUAAAUGCAUCAUAUCACUUACCCUUGAUAGAAGAAGGAGAGAAUGAAUCUAAUAAACUGAUCUUUAGUUCAUCUAUAAGAGCAGGUUUAUUUUCAACUUUAUUUGAAGGAAAGAAGGGAGGUCCUACUGUAUCAGAUCGCUUCUAUUUAGGAGGUCCCCAAUCUGUGAGAGGCUUCAAGAUGGGUGGUAUUGGUGAAAGAGACGGCAAUGAUGCUCUUGGUGGCGAAGCUUAUUGGGCUGCAGGUGCUAGUUUAAUUUCACCUAUUCCUGGUUUAUCUCACUUACCUGUAAAGGCACAUGCAUUUGUGAAUGCAGGCAAUAUUGUAACAAGUACAAAGAAUGUUCAUCUUGGUGAUACGGUUAAAGCCCUGAGUGAAUCGUCUCGUUCAUCUGUUGGUUUUGGUUUCAUCUUCCAUCAUAGUCUUGCAAGAAUUGAAGCUAAUUAUUGCAUACCUGUAAGAUAUACUGCAUCUGAUUUACCUGAACCUAAAUUUCAAUUUGGUUUUGGUCUCAACUUUUUGUAA